UUGAACGUGAACACACUCUCAGUCUGUGUUUGCACAGAAAGCUCAGAUAGUUUCAGCAGCUGCAGCCUCCACCUGACAUCUUUAACCCUCGUACACCUGAGGUGUAGCUGUUACAUGAAAACCAGAAGAACAGGUGAUGCAACAUGUGAUGUAAAGGCACAAAAGAAAAGCCUCUGUAGCCUUCCUUCCUCUCCUGAAGGAACCAUGUCCGCAGUCUACCUCCUCUUCCUGCUGCUCCCUCUGGUGUCAGCACAGACCUAUCACUGGGGUCCCUGUCCCACUCCCAAGGUGCAGCCCAACUUCAACCUCCAGCAGUAUCUGGGCAGGUGGUAUGAGAUCGAGAAGCUGCCCGCUUCCUUCGAGAGAGGAAAGUGCAUAGAGGCCAACUAUGCUGUAAGGAGAGACGGAACCAUCCGGGUGCUGAACUCUCAGUUCUAUAAAGACAAGGUGAGGGUCGCAGAAGGGACAGCAGUGAUUCCCGACAUGAGAGAACCUGCCAAACUCGGAGUCAGCUUCUCAUAUUUUACUCCCUACAGCCCUUACUGGAUUCUGACCACUGACUACACCAGCCUGUCCGUCGUGUACUCCUGCGUGAACAUCCUCUACAUUUUCCACGUCGACUACGCCUGGAUCCUCGGGCGGUCGCGCUUCCUGCCUUACGAGACCGUGAGUUACGCCAAAGACCUGAUGGUGAAGGAAGGGAUCGACCUGUAUAGGAUGAAGCCCACAGAUCAGAAGGGCUGCAAGGAUAACUAGGGAUCAUGGAGACUCCUUCAGCACUCAGAUGAGGCAGGGCUGAAUACUGGAUUAACAAAUUUUUACUCCUGAUUUCCUGUGUUUAUCCAUCAUUAUCCGGGUCUGGUGUUGUAACUGUUCCACAUAACCCUGACAAAAAAAAUAGUUUAAUCUGCUGUGUUACAGAUAUGAAAACAUUUAAGAUCUUUUAAAAUAUAUUUUUAUAUUUUAAAAUCGCUUUAAAGAGGAAGGAAAUGGAAUUUGUAAAACCCACAAAACUCCAUUAUUCAAUGAAGUUACUCAUUAUUUCUUGUAUUGUGAUAUUCUAGUAGGACGUGUUACAUUAUGAGAAAUAAUGUUUUACAUAGUGUUGCAAUAAAACAAGCACAUUUGUGGUGAUGGCAAUAAAACAAGUGGGUGAGUUAUGUGUAUAUUAAAGCUGUAUUCAUUAAGCAGAUCA